UCGCUGAACUGCUGGAGAAAAUGUUCCACCUGCUUGUUUUAGUCUCUUUAUGGCGUCUUAACGGUGUGUGUGGUGAAUCCAUUUCGGUGACGGAGGGAGAUUCAGUCACUUUACACACCGGUGUUAGUGAAAUACAGGACAAUGACGACAUAGUGUGGAAACUUGGAGCUGAUAACUCUGUGAUAGCUGAAAUCAGCAGGGACAAACAAACUGAUAACAUAUACAAAGACAGACUGAAGUUGGACGAUCAGACUGGAUCCCUGACCAUCACAAACAUCACAACUGAAGAUGCUGGAGUUUAUAAACUAGAGAUAAAUGCAGUGAAACUGACCACAAUAAUAUUCAGGGUUUCUGUCUAUGCUCGUCUGCCUGUUCCUGUCCUCAUUUUCAACUCUCCUCAAUGUCCAUCAUCUUCAUCAUCACAGUGUAAUUGUUCAGUGUUGUGUUCAGUGGUGAACGUGAGCGCUGUGAGUCUCUCCUGGUACAAAGGAAACAGUGUAUUGUCCAGCAUCAGUGUGUCUGAUCUCAGCAUCAGUCUCUCUCUACCUCUGGAGGUGGAAUAUCAGGAUAAAAACACCUACAGCUGUGUGAUCAACAACACCAUCAGCAACCAGACCACACAUCUGGACAUCAACACACUUUGGCAGACAUCUGAAGACUCUGUUCAGUGCUGUGGUCCUACUGAAGCUGUGACCCGAUUGGCUCUCUCCGCCCUAGUGGGUGUGGCCACUGUGGCUUUUCUGGUAUAUGACAUCAGAUCCACAGGCGGAGACACACAGCGGAUAUCAGAAAUGUUAUGAGAUGUCCAGGGAGUUUUAGUGAUUCUUGGUUGCCAAAACUUAAUGCCAAUCAAUGACGUUGGAUUCUGUUACAGUGGAUAUGAAAAUUCAGGAUCAAUUUACAGUUUCCUAAAUUAUGAGGUCACUGCUUAAUGCUAUGUGAGGUUAUCCUAACAGAAGUGAACAUAGUGUACAUUCACUCACCAUGCCACUUUAUUAGGUACACCUUACUAGUAUCGUUGGAUCCCCCUUUAGCUUCAGAACAGCCUUAAUCCUCUGUGGCAGAGCUUUAACAAGGUACUGGAAAUAUUCCUCAGAGAUUUUGGUCU